GGUGCUGUGUGCUGGUCGGUCAGAGGAUCGAGUCCGGACACGGAGGAGUCCACAAAGUCCACGCGAUCUGCUACAGAGUAAAGCAGCUGGAAGCCAAACAAAGUUCAAACUCGAAGCUCUAUAUGACAUCACUUUUCUACGUGCCCCCAUCAUAAAAACUCUGUUUCCUCGGCUGAAUACCUGUCACUUGAGUUCACCAUCUAAACAGCAUUGAACGUGGUUCCAGCUCACCCAGCUCUUAAAGUAGCAUUGAGGACGGUCUCAUGGACACCUUUGGCCAAGAUUUGCCAGCCAUGUUUGAUGGUGUGAUUCUGGCAGCAGUGGCCACUGUCCUCUACGUCAUCGUUCGCUGUUUGAACCUGACGAGUCCUACAGCGCCACCAGAGCUGACCUACCAGGACACACCGCUCAGCCACUACCUGCUGAAGUCCUGCCCCAUGCUGACCGCAGAGUAUGUUCCUCCUUUGUUGUGGGGGAAGAGCGGUCAUCUGCAGACCGCAAUCUACGGUAAGAUGGGCCGCUUCAACACUCCAACACCCUGCGGACUCCGCAAAUCUCUUCCCAUGCAAGAUGGCGCUACAGCGACCUUUGACCUCUUUGAACCACUUGGGGAGCACAGCACAGGAGAUGAUGUCACCAUGGUUAUCUGUCCUGGGAUCAGUAACCACAGUGAGAAUCACUAUAUUCGGACCUUUGUGGAUCACUCCCAGAGGCAAGGUUACCGCUGUGCCGUCCUGAACCACCUGGGAGCCCUGCCCAACGUGGAGCUCACCUCACCGCGCAUGUUCACUUACGGUUGCACGUGGGAGUUUGCAUCCAUGGUGGAAUACAUCAAAUGUGCCUUCCCACAGACUCUGCUGGUGGUUGUGGGCUUCAGUCUGGGAGGAAACAUUGCAUGCAAGUUCCUGGGUGAGAAGCGAUCCAAUCAGGACCAAGUGCUCUGCUGUGUCAGCGUCUGUCAGGGUUACAGCGCGCUCAGGGCCCAGGAGACCUUCUAUCAGUGGGAUCAGGGUCGGCGGCUCUACAACUUUUUUCUGGCAGACAACUUGAAGAGACUCAUCUUGUCACACAGGAGCAGCCUGUUUGAUGUGACGCGCAGCAGCAUGGAGGCUGCAGACCUGAGCAGACUGUGCAGGGCCACGUCUCUGUCACACAUCGAUGACAGCAUCAUGAGAAAAUUCCACGGCUACAACUCGCUGAAAGAGUAUUACGAGAUGGAGAGCUGCGUGCACUACAUCCAGAACGUCACAGUGCCUCUCCUCCUGGUGAACUCCUCAGAUGACCCCCUGGUUCAUCAUUCACUCCUCUCUACUCCUCGCACACUUGCAGGAAAAAUGAUGAAUGUGAUGUUUGCCCUGACCCAGCAUGGUGGUCACAUGGGCUUCUUUGAAGGAGCAGUGCUGAUCCCUCAGCCCCUCACCUGGAUGGAUAAAGUCAUAGUCCAGUACGCAGAUGCCAUCUGCCGGUGGGAGAAGAAGCAGCCAGCCCACAGUGACAGGACGUUUUACCUGCAGGGCACAGCAGCAGUGCAUACUGGGUAAUACAUAUAGUGUGCAGUAUGACCGGAGG